AUGUCUUCGACCAGCACUACCACUAAAUCCGGUGCGAUUAUUACAGGUGCGGCCUCCGGUGUCGGCCUAGCACUCACCAAACAUCUUUUAAAUCAAGGGUGGAGAGUUGUCAUGAUGGACAUCAAUCUCGAAGGUCAAAAGAUCGCAGAGGAGCUAGGAGAAGAUGUCUUUUGGUUAAAUGUCAAUAUUGCAACAUGGACUGAUGUAGUCAAGGCUUUUACCAAAGCAUUUGAAUGGCAUCAAAAAAUAGCCUUCUUGGCUGCAAAUGCAGGCAUUAGCUCUGAUAUGACACUUCCAUACGGAAUCCUUUCUCCUGACCUCGAUGAACUUUCUAAACCCCCAAUACCAGUCAUCGAUGUAAAUCUUCUGGGAACGUCCUAUUGUAUCAAAGUAUUCUUGCAUUUCAUGCAGAAGAAAGAGAAUCAUGACACCGAGAUGAAUGUUAAAGGACGAAUUGUUGUGACUAGCAGUGAGGCUGGAUUAUAUGCUCUACCUCUGGAUCCUCUAUAUUGUGCUAGUAAGCACGGCUUGGUUGGCCUCGUUCGUUCGCUUGGUCCCGCCUAUCUCUCCGCCUUUGGUAUUACUGUGAACACAAUCAGCCCAGGAUAUAUUCCAACACCACUCGUCGCAUCUUUGAUCCCAAUCACUCCGAUAGAAUAUGCCACACCAAUGACCACAAUACUCAAUGCGUUCGAUCGACUUCUGGCCAGCGACCAGAGUGGACAAGUGCUUGAAGCUUCGGGAGAACAUCUGCACCUACGACCUCAGCCAGAAUAUCUCGAUGAUGUUUCGAAAUGGGUCUGGGACGAUGCUCCCGCAUUUUGGACUGCUGCAUUUACGAAGAUGGCGACGGGCGAUACCACGAUCGCACACUAUAACGAAACGCUUACAAACUCUUCAGCAUCUCUUACCAUGUAUCCACGAAAACGUUCGGUAUUUACCCCAGAGCCGCCUGGCAGGGGAGGCCUUCAGGCUCACGCGGAUAUGAUGGAGGAAAAUAGACGCCAUAGGGCGCAACAGCAGCUUAUGUUUGAUCGACAGCCGCUCCAGAUGCCACAGCAAGUUAUGCCCCGUCCACGUGCGGCAAGUGCUGCUUUGCAUCCGCUACAAACCCAGUUUACAGGCCAGAAUAGGCCAUUCGAAAUAGGAAUUCGAAAUGAGUCUUUGAGAUCACCAUAUGCUAAUACCGCACAAGGUUUCGCUCGGACAGCUAUUGGACCAGCAUAUCAUAUGACCAAUUCACCACAGCACUUUGCGAGUCAACCAGUGGCACUCAGAUAUCGUGCCAAUCCAGCGAACUUACCAGGAAUGGGGUUUGCUCAAAGACAUGACGCCGCUGCCGCUAUAUACAGAAAUGGGCUCAAUGAACAUCUUGGUCAACAGUACGACGAUCGUGCAACCCAAUUUGGAUUACGCAGAAACUCUGGCUAUUAG